AUGGGCGGUCCCCUAAGAAACAAAACCAACAACGGCUGUGUCAUCGGAGGACUUCUGGAUGUGGCAGAUCCUCUUUCUUGUGUUGUUGUCCCUCCAGAGCUCCCACAGCAACAUGUCUGUAAGGAGGAGGAGGUUCUCUCAGACCAGCACCUCUGGAUUCAGGAGAGGAACUCCAGUCUGGACCAAGAGGACCCAGAGCCUCCACAGAUUAAAGAGGACCAGGAGGACCUGUGCACCAGUCCGGAGGGAGAGCAGCUUGUCCUGAAGAUGGAGACUGAGACCUUUAUGUUGACUCCUACUUCUGAGGAAAGGGACCACAGUGAAGGCCAGACUCUGAACUUCAGUCCUGAUGGUGACCCUCUAAGGGCAGCAGAGAAAGAGUCUAUAGUCCACAUGCCGGUUCUAACCUCUGUGGUGUCAGCAGCAAACAGGGACCACCAGCUCCUCUCUCACACCUCUCAUGAAGCUGAGAGCCCAGACCAGAAAGGAGGCCAGCAUGGAGACUCAGGACCAGCUAGAAAUGCAGAGCCAGAACCAAAGAAGAGACAACGCAAGACCAGAAGUCUCAGCAACAACGUAGACAACACUAACACCUCAGAGACUCACCCUGAUACCCAGACAGAGCUCCCACAGCAACAUGUCUGCAACUCUCAUGAAGCUGAGAGCCCAGACCAGAAAGGAGGCCAGCACGGAGACUCAGGACCAGCUAGAAAUGCAGAGCCAGAACCAAAGAAGAGACGACGCAAGACGAGAAGACUCAGCAACAACGUAGACAACACUAACACCUCAGAGACUCACCCUGAUACCCAGACAGGUAAACAGUCCUUCAGAUGUCCCACAUGUGGGAAAGACUUUACGCGUAAUUCAACAUUGAAGACACACCUGAGGACCCACACAGGUGAAAAGCCGUAUUCUUGCCAAACCUGCGGAAAGAAUUUCAGCCGUAGGUUUUCCUUGUCGGCCCACGUGAGAAGCCAUACUGGCGAGAAGCUGUUCUCUUGUAAAACAUGUGGAAAAGAUUUAAUAAGCAACAGUGCCUUGAUCCAGCACAUGAGAAUCCACACGGGGGACAAGCCGUUCGCCUGCAAGACCUGCGGCAAAAGACACCAUCAAGGGUCGGCGUUGAUAAGGCACAUGAGAACUCACACGGGGGAGAAGCCGUACCCCGGCAAGACCUGCGGGAAAGGGUUCAGGCGCAAGGACGUUUUCAACGUCCACGUUAGAAUCCACACCGGGGAGAAGCCGUACGGCUGCAAGACCUGCAGCAAGAGGUACCAUGACGACUCAGCGUUACAGAGGCACAUGAGAACUCACACGGGGGACAAGCCGUACUCCUGCAAGACCUGCGGGAAAGGGUUCAGGCGUAAGGACGUUUUCAACGUGCACAUGAGAAUCCACACCGAUCCAGUCCGAAACCAGCUGUGGAUGUUCGUCAUCAAGUUCUAG